UUUACUGAUAGAACAUUUAUCUAAACUCACCAGCUCAAGAUACGAAAGAUAUCUCUUCUUGCUAUCUGGAGUUUUUGAGGUCUCUGUCGGCAGACCCAACAUUACCCUCCGGAAAGGUUGUCAUUCGUUAAACAAGGUCCCCCUUCCUCCUCCCAUCCUCGAGUACUUUCGCUUUCGUUCUCCCUCUCAUUUGCUUCCUUUGGGGGCCAUGGGGUCAUUUUGCAGUAAGCCUAAGCCGUCUAAACCCCCCCAAGCAGCUACCUCUCACAGUCACUCGCCGCGCCCCCCUCCCGACGCCCAAGCAGCCCCUCGAAAGGCGCCCGCCCCUCAGCCAGGAGAUCCCCCUCGACCUCGGACUAAUUCCGAACACCAGCCGGUCCCGCAGGAGCUCCAUGUCCCGGCCACGGACUCCGAACCCAGGGAGCAGGGGUCUCAGCCCUUACAAGAGGAUCCUAAACCAGAGGAAGAAUCUAAGCCACAGGAGGAUCCUAUUCCACAAGAAGAAUCUAAGCCACAAGAGGAACCCAAGCCACAACAGGAUUCCAACGAAGAGGAUACUAAACCUGAAGAGGAUCCUAUCCCACAGGAGGAUACAAUAGCACCGGAGGAUUCCCAACCACAGGAGGAUCCUAAGCCACAUGACGAGACUCAGUCACAAGAGGAACCCAAGCCACAACAGGAUUCCAAGGAAGAGGAUACUAAACCCGAAGAGGAUCCAAUCCCACAGGAGGAUACAAUAACACCGGAGGAUUCCCAGCCACAGGAGGAUCCUAUCCUACAAGAAGAUCCUAAGCCACAACAGGAUUCCAAGGAAGAGGAUACUAAACCUGAAGAGGAUCUUAUUCCACAGGAGGAUACAAUAGCACAGGAGGAUUCCCAGCCUUCCCAGCCACAGGAGGACCAAAACACACAGGAAGACAUCCUACCACAUACGGAUACCGCACCGCAACAGGACCCAAGCCCAGCAGAGGAUACCACUGAAAUACCAGACGAAGAACCAGCCGCCACGCCCACCGAUUCGGACAGGUAAAGUGCUGCGACUGAU